CGAUGACUAUUUUCGACGCCAUUGUUUCUGAAACGUUGGUGAUCUGUGGUACAGUGUUCAAUUUUUGCAAUUAUCCUAGUUUGAAAAACGAUAUCUCAAUCUGAUAAAUCAUUUAGCUGUUAUUUGUAAUAAAUAAAUGUAAUAAAUGCAUAACCUAUAUUUAUUAUGAUUUAUUUUUCUGUACAACAAUAAAUUACAUUUCUGUAUGGUUGCCACCCAUACAGAAUACAGAGGAACUUUUGUAUUUUUUUCUUCCAUCGUUCUACAAUUUACAAAAAAUGCGAAUUCCAAUAAGAGAGAUCCGUGUGUGUGCAGUGUGUACAUGUACCUGACAUUGCAAGCAGGCAGCAAAAACCCAAAUUGUCAAAUCACUUUUCAGUGAAAGUCUCUUUGUGUAUGUAAAAACGUAAUCCCCAAAGCUUUACCUGUCUCCGGAUUUUUUUUUUGUCAAGCCCCCCACUAUAAAAAAAGACUCCGACAGUCAUCUGUCACAUACUAAUAUCAUAGAUAAAAUAUCGCAGGUGAUCAGCACACAGACAUGGAUGAGGUUAAAAUGGAUCACAAGCCGAGGCCUAUACAGAUCGUCAUUGACAAUAAGGAUCACACCUUCUCCUUGGAUGAGGAACAGCUGUCCCACGUCCUGCUCAGGGAGGACAUCAAGGACAGAUAUGUGGUGGUUGUUUCAGUUGUUGGGGCCUGCCGUAAAGGAAAAUCAUUUAUAUUGGACUUUUUCCUGAGAUACUUGAAUGUCAAGUAUAUCGAAAAUAAAAGUACGUCCGACUGGUUGGGACCACAAGAUGUGCCCUUGGAGGGAUUCUCGUGGCGCGGCGGUUACGAGCGCGAAACUACGGGCAUCCAGAUGUGGUCCGAGGUGUUUUUAGGUGAACUGGACUCCGGCGAUAAGGUGGCCAUAGUUUUAUUGGACACGCAGGGCGCGUUCGACAAGAAGGAUUGCGCGACGGUCAUCGCCCUUAGCACCAUGAUCAGCUCCGUGCAGAUUUUUAACCUUUCAGAAAACAUCCGGGAAGAUGAUCUCCAGUAUUUGCAGCAAUUCACGGAGUACGGAAGAUUGGCGUUGGCGGAUUCGGGAAAGACGCCGUUCCAAAGGCUUCAAUUCCUCGUGAGGGAUUGGAGUUAUCCUUACGAAGCCGAAUACGGAGCGCUCGGAGGUCAGAAGAUCCUGCAGAAGAAGCUGCAGGUGAACGAUAAGCAGCAUCCGAAGCUGCAGUCGCUUCGCAAUCACAUCAGGUCCUGCUUCACGGAGAUCGCGUGCUUCCUGAUGCCACAUCCCGGUCUGCAGGUGGCCACCAGUCCGCAUUUCGACGGAAAACUCAAAGAUAUUACUGACGAAUUCAAGCAGAACCUGCAGAUAUUAGUGCCAAUGCUGUUGGCGCCCGAGAACCUAGUGCUGAAGCAGAUCAACGGACAGAAAGUCAAAGCCAGGGAUUUAGUGCAAUAUUUUAAGUCGUACCUUAACAUAUGUAGUGGCAAUAAAUUACCAGAACCAAAGUCCGUGCUUGUCGCUACAGCCGAAGCCAAUAACCUGUCAGCCGUCGCUGAUGCCAAAGAUGUUUACAUAGCUUUAAUGGAGGACGUGUGCGGCGGCAACAAACCCUACCUGAACACCCUGAAGCACAGGACGAUCAAAAAUAAGGCUCUCCUUCAGUUCGUCAGGAAGCCGAAGAUGGGCGGCGAAGAGUUCAGCGAAAAGUACAAAUUGCAACUAGAAAAGAAAAACGUAUAGAUUUUAAACUUAA